GUCCUAUCACUUCUUCAUCAUGAAAUGAUAUUUGAGUCUUGUUCCGUUCGUCACCUAGGUACUCUUUCGCCCGUUCUCUGACAGCUCGUGUUCACCAUGUCCUCGUCCGGCUCUUCCUACUCCCUCCCAACCGGCCCUCGACAGCUGCACCGUGUCGCUUUUGAAGGCGAAGACACUGCACACUGGGCGUUGUUUCUUCCCGACAGAGAUGGCGGUGCAAGGGGAAUUCUGGUGCAUGUCGGGGCUAAUAAGGGCAAAAGUGGGAGGAAAGAGAACCACACUUUGCGCUCUUCUCCUUUCCUCAUCACGUCAAGCACUGCUCAGAGUGUGUUUCCCAUCGCCCAUGCAGCAGUCACCGAGAGCCAGUUGACCCGCGCGGCCGAAGAAGUCUUCCAACGGAAGGGAUACAGGCUUCUCACCAACAACUGUCAACACUUCUGCAUCGAUGUGGUGACAGAGUUGAAUCGCGUCUGGCCUCAUUCCGUUCCUCCGGAGGCAGUCAUCGAUGUUGCUUCUCGAGGCACAACCAUCACGAACCUCACCCGCUGGGUUAGAAGAGAUCGCCUGAACGACCCUCGGGCCCAACAAGCGGAGGAACAUGACGGGAACCGUGAGCGGAUCUCGAUCAGCUAGAGAGCUCUUUGGACUGUGCUAUUCCUCACUUGCUGCAUGGAAGGUAUCUGACCCGAAUGCUCACUUGACGUGUCUACCCGGUACU